AUGCCACACACUUAUUCAAAGCGACUAACAGACCUGGUUCUUCGAAUGCUAUCUUUUGAAUCUGAACAUAGGCCAACUGUAUCGGAAAUACUCCAGCAACGUUUCGUUAGGGACAGGAUCAAAAUUUUCCUGGCGCGACAACGUCCUCACUCUGGAAAGUCUUCACGGAAAUCUUCCUCUCGACCUUCAUCUGGUAAAAGUCCAGUCUCUCAAGCUCCCGCACUAAGCCAACUUCACGAAAACGCUCCCCCUGCUCCUAAGACCGAGGAAAAGCCAGCAGAAACGGAAUUUAACACGAUGGAACCACAAAUAGGAACAGUAGUCUUCCAGAACGAAUCCGAACCGGUUAGACAAGCAAAACCGCCAUCAGAGAAGGCGAAAAACGCCCAAAUGAAUCAGUUUAUUUCUGAUGUGGCACUCAACUACGCUAUGCAAAAUCCAAACUUGGCGGAGAACAAAGAAACCUACAUAGUCGCGAAAAAUGUCGGAGUAGCUCCCCCAUCACAUCCAGUCGUGCAAAACGUUAAAAACGAGCGAGUUCCGAACUCAAACAAUUCUUCUCUAAACUCGACGUCAACUGCUCGCGAUCGACGGCGAAAAGCGAGACUGGAGCAGAUUGCAAAAGAGCGACGUGUCUCACUUGCCAAAGAGCAGUCCUCGAUGGUCGAUCUGAUGACUUCCACGCUCAAUCAGCUGCCUGAAGAGCUUAAAAGCCCUCGUUUGCCCGAGCCGAGUUUGCUUGCUGCAGAUCGGACUCUCAACAGUGACUAUCGAAGUGCGAAUAGAAUGGUUACUCUGCAUAAAAUGCUUGAGAGGGAGCUUGGAAUAUCCAAUCUUGUCAAGGCUCUAAAAGCGGUGAGCAAUCCGAAUAAAGAAGAGAUGUGGAACCAACUGAAUAAUCUUCUCCCGACCUGGAAUCGUGACAUUUGGGCGGCUCGAGUCUACACUCUUCAUGUUCUCAGAGGCCUUGGUGAUCAUGCCUACUAA